AUGUCUCCCUUACGCUCUUCGUUCGACGCAAGCGGUUUCCCCCGCCUGCGCGCAAAGUCUGAUUUAGACACAGCUACUCGCGCUGAACACCUUCGAGCAGCCCGUCGAAAAUUCGAGCUGAGGGAGAAAGCCAAAGAGGAGAAAUAUGCGCGAGAGGAGAUCAAGCGUCGCGAGCGAGCCGAUAAUAAGCGCGCUCUCGAGAAGGAAAGGUACGCAGCGGCUGCGCAUAAGGAGCAGAUGGCUGCUAGAGCUCGCUUAGAGGCAGCCGAACUCGAGGAAGCGAUAGCUCGCGGGAAGCACAAUAGGAAGUUCAGCGGGACUAGUAGCAACCGUCCGAGCAUAGCCAUCUCUAGGACUAGCAUGUCGCGACCAAGCACGUCGCGAAAGAAUGUCCCUAGCCCCUUAGGAGAGUCUGAGAAGUUUGCUAGUAGCAACUAUGACAGCCUAGAUGCGCGAAGCCCGCCUGCUUUUGGCAACGAGGCUGGAGGGGCGCAGAGCGUCCCCUUUCAGCCUACCAAGCGCAGAAAUACAGCAAAGAGGAAGACCCAGAGCACGUGGACUAUGUUCAUAUUAUGGCUUAGAACAAAGCUGCUCAGGGUCAGCAAGAACCGUUGA